AAAAUUCGAUUGCAAAAAUGACGUGGAGAAAUAGGUUAUAAGUUUGUUGUAUUUCCUAAUAUUUUAAUUGGGCUUAAUUAAUAGCUCGUAUUUUAUUUGCGUCGCUUUACAGAUAAAUCCACAGAAAUGAUUGAAAUAACUGACACUCAAAAAAUUGGUGUAGGCUUGGCAGGGUUUGGAAUGACCUUUCUGUUCCUUGGAGUGCUCUUACUCUUUGAUAAAGGAUUAUUAGCCAUUGGAAAUGUAAGUAAAAAAAGUAUAACAGUUUAAAGAUUCAAAUCAGUGAAUAUGAUUGCUGUUUAUAAACAAACUGUCUACAGAGUAAUGCGCAUGCACAUGUGAGUAGUGUAUCUAACUACUGAUUUUUAAUAUCUGAAAUCUGAAACUAGCGCUGAGAUUAUUAAUGUGGUAAAUUAUAUUAUCAUAUAAAAUCUGGUAGUAAUUGGUUAGUCUCAUAUGGCAAUCAAAUGUAAUUUAUUAUUAACAAGCAAAUCUGAAUAGGUGUGCCACAAGGUAGAUUUCUAGGUCCAGUCCUGUAUCUAUUCUUUCACUCACAUUUCAACACUUGUGAAGAAAGCAUACAGCUUGAUAUACAGAGUGAAGAUCCUUCUAGCAUCUUAAUCUAAUCAUCAUAAAGAAAGGAAAUAAAUGAUGCUCACUCCCUCCAUUGCAAUCAGAAGGAAAACAUAGGGUAAAUAAUAUGAGGGUAGAAUUGAGCAAUGCAAAGAAAUAUAUAUCAAUGAGUUUAUAAAGUAAUAUAAACUCUAUUACUUUAUAAACUCAAAAAUAUAUAUUAGUCGAGGGAUACUCAUCCCAAUUUACCUGUCCGGUAGUUGUGGUAUGGUAUACGGGUAUGCGACCCCGACUUCCCUAGCUAUUACUGUCCUAUCCCGUGCCCUCCUGGACGGUAAUAUCCUACAUUUCCUAUUUCCUACCCUAACUUACCUUACUCUUCCUUUUCACACCACCUAUCCUUCCCCUUUUCCUAUUCCUACCCUCCGCCAAUCCAACGUCUGCCGCGUGGAUGGAUGCAUGGCUAGGGGCGAGCCUAGUCGUUAGCGUGCCACACUGCCCUGGGACCGUUCGACCCCAGAAUCAGGCUAGCCUUACCCUGGCAUGCGGGGCUCUGCGGGGGGGGGGGGACAAACCUUUCCCUCGCUAUUCGUGGGAACGCAAUGGAUAAUCAUAAAAAUAAUUUAAUUAACCAAAAUGGCGGCGAUGUGGUUCGCCACCCAUCACGUCUCGUUUCUCGCGGGGGCGAAAAGCGGCCCACGGAGAGCCGCUUCGCUACGUUGAAUGUAAGAGGAGGAAUGGAUGGUAAGGUAGAUGAAGUAUGUCAGAUGAUGGAUGAACGUUGCAUUGAUAUUCUGUGCGUGAACGAAACCAAGAGGAAAGGAUGUGACACCACGGUUCAUGGCCCCUACACGGCAUACUGGUCAGGAGUCCCCCAAACCAGCCGAGGCUGUCAGGGAGUUGGUGUGAUUCUUUCAUCUCGAAUGGUUGAAUGUGUGAUAGAGCAUGAAUGUAUAAGCCCAAGACUCCUCUGGAUUAGGUUAAAAGUCGGACUCACUCGCUUGUUUAUCCUUGGGGUCUAUGCACCGACGGAUCUGCGUGGAGGUGGGUCAUUAAAAACACAACAAGAGAGAGAGGAAUUUUGGGAUAGCAUGAGAGAGGUCUUGAAUAAAUGUGGAGAAAAUGAACGGAUCGUGAUGUUAGGGGACUUUAAUGGAUGGGUUGGAGUAAAGCGUGAUGGAUAUGAAGGAGUUCUGGGUACGUUUGGGGACGAGAGAGUGAAUGACAAUGGGAGAAGCCUGCUUGAAGUAUGCUUGGAAUGGAAUCUGUGCGUGGCCAACACAAUGUUUGACCACAAAAAGAUCCAUUUGUAUACAAGAGAUGAGGGUGAGUCUAGAAGUAUGAUUGAUUUUGUAAUUGUGGAUGAAAGACUGAGGAAGAAAGUGCUAGACACUCGGGCAUACCGCGGUGUAGGCCUCGACACAGACCACUUCCUGGUGGCGACACCGAGUGGCCGAGCCUACGAGUGUUUUGGACAGAGUAAAAGUGGAAAAUCU